AUGCCAAAGGAAGGAUCUCCGGCGCGGCCAAUCAAAUUGAUAAUAUUGGACUCAAUCGGGGUGAUCUUCCGGGCGGAUCUGGAGCAGUUGAAGCAGAGCAGUGCAAAGUUCAGGAUGACGGAGCGAGCGGCGGAGAUGAACCAAGUGGCGGAUGGGCUGAAGGUGCUUGCGGACCAAUACCGGCUGACCGUCGUGGUCGUCAACCAAGUCUCAGAUGUCAUGGCCCCUCCCUCUUUCUCCUCUGAGCUUGCCCUUCCCCGUCCACACAAUACGAUUGUCGUCUGCGGCAGACGCUCGGACCUCUAUUUCUUGACUGACCCCCCGGUCUGCCCCAGAACAGUCCGCUUUCCCUCAGCGCUCAUGGACUUAGGUACUCCCACAGUUCCUAGUUCUCAUACCAUCAAUCCAUUCUACGCGCGGUACUAA